CCACCGAAAAUGUUUUCGAAGUGGGCCCAGAAGAAGGCGGUGGCAGAGAUCAAGGCCGCUGGUAUAGAAGAACUAGAAUCCUGCCCCUUCUGUGACUUUGCUUACAUCCCCAACGAAUCGGACAAAAUUUUCCGAUGCCUUAAUCCGGACUGCAUGAAGGAGUCCUGUCGGAAGUGCAAGGAACCCAACCACCUUCCCCUUAAGUGCGAAGAGGUGGAGAAAGAUGAAAAUGUUAAGGCGAGGACUUACAUAGAAAACAAAAUGACGGAAGCUUUGUUAAGAAAAUGCUGGCACUGUGGAAUCAACUUCAUCAAAGAUGAGGGAUGUAACAAGAUGACGUGCCCAUGUGGGGCCAGCAUGUGCUAUCUCUGCCGAGAGCCCGUGACGGAUUACUCCCAUUUCAAAUGGAUGAGCAACGACAAGUACGAACUGUGCCCGUUGUUCAGCGAGGACAAGAAGACAAACAGUCGAAUAUUGAAGAGGCUGCAGUAGCCGCCAAGGCCGAAAUAGAUGUGUCGAAACUAAAAAUGGACCCGACUGUGCGCAUGAUGAUCACAGGGACAGGGCCAAGAAGGUGCCCGAGGAAUAACAAAUUAGAGAACCGAUCCAACAAGUCAAUCCCGUUCAACGUGGGAACAUAGAAGUAUCGUCAUUACCACUGAAAAAAAGAGUUUGGAUUAGAAACAUAAUAGUGGCCGAAGAACAGCAGAAAUCGGAAGAUUUUAACGAGGACCAGCGUUACGAAAAAAAUUAGAAAGAAAAUUAAUCAAAGUAGAUUUUAUUUUAAAUUAUCUCUUGCAACAGCGGGAUGUUAUCACAAUUUUUGUGUAACCGAACAGGCUUUCUUUUAGUUUUCAUGGUGGCAUUUUGCUCAACGUAACUGCUCAAGACUUUGUCACAGAUUAAAGCCUUAAAGUUAUUCUCGGUCAGUACCUUUUGAAUCGUCUUUACCGAGAUAUUAUUGUGCCUAUUUCUAAAAAAUGCGCUAGCGUAGUUCAUUGAGCGCGAGUCCAACUUAAUGCUCCUGUCGGGAUCUUCAAAGAUUUUUUCUGGUUCGGGGAAGAGAUUUAUAAAAUUUUCUACAUUAAAUCGUGUUGU